GCAGCCAAAUUCAGCCAGCUCUAAAUCCAGUACACAAAAAAGCUAAAUUGUUGACAAUUGCGGGGAGUGAUAGUGUAAUCAAAAUUUGCUUUGUAGGUUUCAUGUAUUACAAAGCUUUCAUUUACUUUUAUCUUACAUUGUCUGUUAUCUUUUACGUUGUUUCAUGUUUCUUUAUUUGCAAUUUUGAAAUCAUUCUAAAACAAAUUUGAAUAUCAUCUAUGUAAAAAAUUUAUUUUUCUUUGGAUUUUUUGUGAUUUUUGCAACAUGCUGCCAGAAUUCUGCCAACUUUUGCUUCUUCGGCCAAAUCAAUUUAUGACGGCCAAGGGGUUAAGAAAUUUGGAUGUCAAAACUAUUAAUCCAAAUUGCCUUUUUGUGUAGAAAAGAAGGCGAUUUUGAGUACACUGUGUUUUAGAUUGGUCUCAAAACAAAGGGUGUGUAAGGGGCUAAUUACCUAUCAUUUUGGUUAAGUCAUAGUCAUAGUCUAACGAAUUCUUCUGAAGAUUAAAAAAUAUACAAGGUAGUUGCAAGCAGGGGUGCCGUCCUGAAAGUUAGGAGGGGACUUUGCUGUAGGCAAAUUAUAGUAGUCACAUCUAAGACCGCACCCACGCCCACACCCAAUCUAAUUGCAUUUUCGUUGAGAUUCUCUGUUGUUUAUAUUAAAUCCGACACAAAAAGACUGAUAGGAAACUGCUUAUUCUCAGAAAUCUAUAGCAUAAUAGGGAUUCGUCAAACCAAACAUGUGUGCUCUGGUUAAGAGGGUCUCAACAAUGUAAAAACACAAAAAAUGAUUUUCUGAAACCAAACUCGGCUGGAACCUGAUUAUAAUCCCUAAACGAUGUAAGCAAGAAACUUCUGAAGUAGACAAUGUACCCUUGACGACCCUGUUUUACAAGGGACUGUGGAAGCAGUGGCGGACACUUGGGGGGCGAGGGGGGGCGAUCGCCCCCCAAUACUUUAGAGAACAAUGGUCUUUUGUUCUAAAACAAUGGGAAAUGUGACGUCAUCUUAUUAAAACAAUAGGCUUGCCCCCCCCCAAUGUUUGACCAAGUGUCCGCCCCUGUGUGGAAGUUCACAGCUCUUGUCCCUGCCCUAGAUGCAAAACUUCAAUAGCGCGGUUACGUGAAUACGAGGCCAAAUGUUCAGAUAAAACGACAGAUCCCGCAAAUGUGCCUCCAUCUCCAAGCUCAAAUAACCAACUAAAGCCACAGAAUAGAACUGUUUUAAGCUAAUUCAGAACCCAAAAUAAUACAAGAAUGCAAUCGAAUGUUGAGUUGAUUUGAAAAAAAUCAGAAGCGCAGGAAACAUCACUUUGAAUCUAACAAGAAAUGGACGACCGUUCGCCCCUGGUUUCGCCUAAACCUAAGAAGAUUUAUAAAUUAUACAAAUGGAGAUAAAUAUGGCCUAAAAAUAACAAUCAUUGUUGGUGCCAUUCUCGAUGCCUUAGGAAGCUGCUUGCGAGCAAUGGGUGCAAACCAGGAUGGUUUUACGCUGGUAUUUAUUGGUACCACACUGGCAGCACUUGGCCAGUGCUUUGUUUUAUCAAUUCCACCACGAGUAGCAUCUGUUUGGUUUGGGGAGAACGAGAGAGCGACUGCUUCGUCUAUUGCAAUUCUAAUGAACCUUUCCGGAGCAGCUGUUGCCUUCUUGCUUGCAGGGACCCUAGUCCCAAGCAGCAAGAACAUGAAUGAUGAUGUCAGACGAGGUAUGCACAGAUUGUUGGUAUCACAGGCAGUAUUUUGCACAAUUCUUGCAGUUGCCAGUUUCUUCCUCAUAAAAAGGGAGCCACUCACCCCUCCAAGUCGUUCUCAAGAAAUGGUCCUAAAAAUAAAAAGACAAGACUUUGUAAAAGAAAUUGUGGAUUCUUCAGAAGAUGACUUUCGGACCAGCAACAAUGCUGAAAGUGGGAAUGUCAAUUCAGCCAUAAAUGAAAGUGCACAUAACACAGAGACUAGCUUUUUCUUUCAAGAAGAUAACCCAGAUGAUACCAAACUAAUUAAAGGCACCAAGGAGUCAAUAGUUGAACGUGUUCCAUCGUUUGGUCAAUCGAUCCUCAUCCUUAUCAAGGAUGUACAGUUUCAUCUAAUUGCUCAGUCAUAUAGUAUUUCAGGCUGCCAAUUUAUCAUUUACAACACAUUGCUUAAUCAAAUGGUGAUUUCAAAGUACCCAGGUAAAGAAAAGGAGAUUGGCUAUAUGGGUUUUACCACUGGACUUUGUGGAAUGUUUGGUCUACUUUGUAGUGGUAUUUUACUCGAUAGAACUAAGCUGUACAAAAGCCUCAGUGUUGCUAUUUUCGCAGCCUGUGCUUCCCUCAUGCUCCUUUUUUCCUUGCUUCUUGAAUUUGUUCACAGUUUUCUGGUAAUCUUUUUAAUCUUUUGUGCUUUUGGAUUUUUUUCAAAUAGUUUUAUCAACAUUGGUUUGGAAUAUGCAGCUGAAAUAACUUAUCCUGUUCCUGAAGGGACAACAUCGGGCAUCAUUUUUCUGUUAGCCAAUUUGUAUGGUAUCAUUUGGACGUUUCUUCUGAGUUUUGUUAUUAAGAGAUGCGGUGGUCACGUGGGUGGUUACUGCAUUGCUGCCAGCUACACAAUUAGCUUGAUUCUUGUUUUAUUUGUUUCUGCUCCCCUCAAAAGAAGCCAAGUUGAUCAAAAUGUUCCUGAUUCCUAAAUAAUUGUUUGUUAAAUAAACGAUUUUUAAAAUGUGGUAUCACCCAGUCUAUGUGGAUUUGUUAAAAUAUUGUAACUUCUAAAAACUUGCAUCUGAUGGCUAUAUCAAUGCGAAGCCAAAUUCUUGGUAUUAUUCUUUAUUCAAACUUACCAUUUAGAUUUAUUGCUUGUAUCUUUCUUCAUGUAGCUUACGAUUGUGUUUGUGUAUUCACAUUUAACAGUUUGAGACUGUUCAUUAUAAUCCCAGUAUAACUCUGUUGUUUACGCGUUUAUAGGGGUGUGGUUCCACUUGUACAUUGUAGUAAAAGAAAGUGCUCAACACCAGGAAAUAUUAUGUAAAUCCUGCCUACCGUAAAUCCUCAAAUUGCAAACCCCCCCCUCCCUCAAAAAAGCUCCCUUCAAAAGGCUCCCUCUUGAAUAAGCCCCACCCUAGAACCAGAAAUUGUCAAUAAGCCCUCUCCUCGAAUCAGCUCCCUCUACUACCCUAAAUCCUCAAAUUGGCUCCCUUGAUUUGUUGAUUGUUUUCAUCUGAGGCUGCCUUUGGUGUUUUAUUUGAUUACUACAAAGAUUCAUACUAUUGGUAAUAAUUAAUCAAAUGCUAAUAAAGAAAGUCAUACUAAGAUAUAUGAGGUCUUUUAAUAAUGUCUUCUGACGUCUACUAUAAUUUUAUAAGCCCCUCCCCUCGUAUAAGCCUCCCCCUCAAAUAGCCCCCAUCCCAGGGGCUAAUUCAAGUAUUUACAGUAUCACAUGACAUAUUUGAAGUGCAUAAUUGUAUAUGGCAUACUUGUUUUAACAUCAAGCAAUUCAAAAUGGCAUAAAAUACAUGUAAAG